UGGAAAUAAGCCACGUGUUAACUUACUGUACGCUGAAGCGCACCGGAUAACCAUCAUGAGAAGAAAACCCUAGCAGCAGUAUUUCUAGUCAUCGCCAAAACGUUAUCACGUCGUUUGUUGCCUCUGUCGACGAUUCUCAGAAAAUCGGGCCAAAAAUGCCGUUCAAGAGGUACGUUGAGAUUGGGAGAGUGGCUCUAGUCAACUACGGCAAGGAUUACGGGAAGCUAGUUGUUAUCGUCGAUGUUAUCGAUCAAAACAGGGCUCUGGUUGAUGCUCCUGAUAUGGUAAGGAGCCAAAUGAACUUCAAGAGGUUAACACUGACAGACAUAAAGAUUGAUAUCAAAAGGGUUCCUAGGAAGAAAACUCUUAUUGAAGCCAUGGAAAACGCCGAUGUGAAGAACAAGUGGGAGAAUAGUUCUUGGGCAAGGAAGCUCAUUGUGCAGAAGAGAAGGGCUUCCCUUAACGAUUUUGAUAGGUUCAAGCUCAUGUUGGCAAAGAUCAAGAGAGGAGGAUUCAUCAGGCAGGAGCUUGCAAAACUUAAAAAGGAAGCUGCUUAGAAUUUGCUUGCUUGUUUUGAACCUUUUAAAUUUUUUUAUGAAUCUGAUACAUGCUAAUCAGUUGUCCAAAUCAAUUUUCAUGGACUAUCGAAGGGUAUUAAUGAUAGCUAUAGACUUCUUUUU